CUUCAACUUUUCCUCACAGCUGUCUGCGCCUUGAACAAAACUCUCUCACAAGCUCAAGAUGGCGUCAAACGGAGCUGUAAAUGACGACUGGGAGAAAGCCGAGGGUGUUCCGAGCCUGAGCGAACCAUUCAUCCAGAAGUACCUUUCUGGAAGAGAUGCAUUGGUCCAACAGGAAAAGAGGCAGCGAAGCGACUACCUGUUCCGCCAAAACCUAUCGCCUAUGGCCCAGGAGGCGGCUGCCAUAGUCUCCCAGAUACGUUUUGAAGAGCAGCAAACUCUAUGGACCAGGGAGUAUGAGGACAGCCUUCUUACCGAGCAUGUUGAUGUCUUCCCUGGCAUGAUGUUUUCGCUUGCCAAGGACCGUAUGGAGAAGAGUAAACUUUGGCAGAUUGUCAAGAAAAUGCCAAAGGGAACCCUGCUCCACUGUCAUAUCGAAGCGAUGGUCGAUAUUGACUGGGCACUGGAGGAGGCUUUCAAUACAGAGGGCAUCGCUGUUGUUGCAGACGGACCUAUAACAGACAAAGACUCCCAAAGGAAAACCGGAUUCUCCUUUGCGUAUGUCAAGACCGCUGCAGAAGGUGCAUCGCUCUGGUCUCCAGACUAUACCGCCAAAACACCAGUGCUUGUGAACGUGGCUGCCGACAGCUUCCCAGAUGGUGGCAAGAAGGGAUUUGUGGAAUGGGUCCGGUCACGAGUCACCAUCACACCUUCUGAACACCUUUCGCACCACGAGGGACCGAACGAGGUCUGGAGAAAAUUCAUGUCAUGUUUCCCUAUCCUUGGCUCGCUUAUCUACUACGAACCAAUCUACCGGAAGUUUCUACGCAAGAUGUUCAAGGUACUUCUCGAUGAUGGCGUAUACUGGGUCGACCUGCGCUCAGCAUUCUACACACCAUACCGAAGUGCUGGAAAGGAAGACUGGGAUCCCGACUUCUUCAACAUGCUUGAUCACCUGACAGACGAAAUCGAAAAAUUCAAGAAGAGCGAGGAAGGCAAAGAAUUCUGGGGUGCACGCAUGAUCUGGACCACCAUUCGCCAAUUUGAUAAGAAGAGCGUUAUCAAGAGUAUGAAAGCGUGCAUUGAAAUGAAGAUCGAGUUCCCUGAGAUCAUUGCUGGAUAUGACCUUGUUGGGCAAGAAGAUCUCGGCCGCCCACUCGCUGAUCUGAUGCCCGAACUCUUUUGGUUCCGCAAGCGAUGUGCGGAGGAAGGUGUGGACAUACCCUUCUAUUUCCACGCCGGCGAGACCCUUGGCGAUGGCGACAGCACUGACGAGAAUCUCUUCGACGCUGUCAUUCUGGGAACAAGGAGGAUCGGACAUGGCUUCAGUUUGUAUAAGCACCCUCUACUGAUAGAUAUGGUCAAGGAGAAGAGAAUAUUGGUGGAAAGCUGCCCAGUGUCGAACGAAGUGCUGCGCCUCUGCGGCUCAGUCAUGUCUCACCCGCUGCCUGCGCUGUUGGCUCGAGGCGUCCCUUGCUCGCUCUGCAACGAUGAUCCGACGAUCCUUGGACAAGGUGUUUCUGGUAUGUCGCACGACUUCUGGCAGGCGCUACAAGGUUGGCAGAACCUUGGAUUGGAGGGUCUUGGUAGCCUCGCAGAGAACAGCGUGCGAUGGGCAAGCUUCGACGACCUUAGCGCGACGGAGUGGACACAAGACAUCAAAGAUGGUAUGAUGGGUAAGGGCGACCGCGCCAAGAGGCUGAAGGAGUGGACACAGAAGUGGGAGAGGUUCUGCGCGUGGAUCGUAGAGGAGUAUGGUGUGGAUGUUGAUGUGAACCCAGAAGAGUGAACGUCAGACUGGCGAAUGGGUUCUGGCUACCCAGCGUGUGUUAGUUAUGGGUUAUACUAGCAUAGGAGGUCAAACAAUGCAUACGAAUUCGAUAGAUUCCUGAUGA